AUGCACUGGUAAAUGAGAUCCUCUUUCAUGUAAGUGCCAUAAAGGUUACAUAACUUAAGUCUCACAUCUCUAUUUUAAUUCUAGAAAUCCAAUUCAAUUCUCUCUCUCUCCCUCUCCCUCUCCCUCUCCCUCCCUCUCUCUCUCUCUAUAAUUUUCAUGUGCAGCUAUUCCAGUUACUUGAGCAACAACAAUUGCCAACACACAUUUCUGCUAUUUCUCAGAUUCACUAGCAAUUUAGAGGAAGAUAUCGUAAAAGUUACACCCUGAAAUAUCACUUCAUUUCACCACUAGACACAUGAACAUAGAGAUUCUGAACCAAGAAGAAGCUUGAAAGCUGAACCUCCAAAACCAUAGGCACCAUGAGUUCUCAAGCAGCACCAAAGCCAAACCAAGAUGACUACAAGUUGAAAGACACAAAACCAGCGCUUGGAGAACGUUGGCCACAUGGAGGACAACGUGGAGGCACUGGUUGGAUCUACACUGAAAGAGCCACAAGCACUUAUGACCUUGUGGAACAAAUGUUCUACCUCUAUGUUCGUGUUGUGAAGGCCAAAGACCUUCCACCAAACCCUGUAACGGGAAACGUUGACCCUUAUGUUGAAGUCAAAGUUGGGAACUACAAGGGUAAAACAAGGCACUUUGAGAAGAAGAUCAACCCUGAAUGGAAGCAGGUUUUUGCAUUCUCAAAGGAGAAGAUUCAGUCUUCAGUUGUUGAAGUGUUUGUGAGAGACAAAGAAAUGGUAGCCAGAGAUGAUUACAUUGGGAAAGUUGAGUUUGACAUGCAUGAAGUGCCGACAAGGGUGCCCCCAGAUAGUCCUUUGGCUCCUCAGUGGUAUAGGCUUGAGAAUCUGCGAGGGGAAACAAGGAGUAGAGGUGAAAUCAUGCUAGCUGUUUGGAUGGGAACACAAGCUGAUGAAGCAUUUCCUGAGGCUUGGCAUUCAGAUUCUGCAUCAGUUAAGGGAGAUGGAGUUUAUAAUAUCAGGUCAAAGGUUUAUGUUAAUCCAAAACUUUGGUAUCUUAGAGUUAAUGUCAUUGAAGCCCAAGAUGUUGAGCCAUUGGACAAAAGCCAGCCACCUCAAGUUUUUGUGAAGGGUCAAGUUGGUCAACAAGUGCUCAAGACUAAGCUGUGUCCAACAAAAACACCAAAUCCUAUGUGGAAUGAGGAUUUGGUGUUUGUGGCAGCAGAACCCUUUGAGGAGCAGCUUGUGCUCACUGUGGAAAACAAGGCUUCCCCUGGUAAGGAUGAAGUUGUGUCCAAGAUAAGCUUGCCACUGAACAAAUUUGAAAUUCGUUUGGAUCACAGGACAGUACACUCACGUUGGUACAAUCUUGAAAAGUUUGGAUUUGGUGUGUUGGAGGGUGACAAGAGAAAUGAAAACAAGUUCUCAAGUAGGAUUCACCUAAGAGUGUGUCUUGAGGGUGCUUAUCAUGUGCUAGAUGAAUCAACAAUGUAUAUUAGUGAUACAAGGCCAACUGCUAGGCAGCUUUGGAAGCAGCCAAUUGGAAUACUUGAAGUGGGAAUUUUGAGUGCUCAAGGGCUCCAACCUAUGAAGACAAACAAUGGUAAAGGGUCAACAGAUGCUUAUUGUGUGGCCAAGUAUGGACAGAAAUGGGUCAGAACUAGAACAAUCACUGAGAGCUUCAAUCCAAAAUGGAAUGAGCAGUACACGUGGGAAGUUUAUGACCCUUGCACUGUCAUAACUUUUGGAGUCUUUGACAACUGCCAUUUGGGUCAGCAAGCUCCUGGAAGUGGAGCCAAAAAUGACUCAAGAAUUGGGAAGGUGAGAAUCCGUUUGUCAACCUUGGAAAUGGAUAGGAUUUACACUAACUCCUACCCUCUACUUGUUCUGCGCUCCUCGGGGUUGAAGAAAAUGGGGGAACUACAGUUGGCUAUUCGCUUUACAUGUCUCUCCAUGGCUCACAUAAUUUACCUUUAUGGACACCCUUUGUUGCCAAAAAUGCAUUACUUGCAUCCAUUCACUGUGAACCAAUUGGACAACUUGAGGUACCAAGCUAUGAACAUUGUGGGAGUAAGGCUUGGGAGGGCAGAACCACCCUUGAGGAAAGAGGUUGUGGAGUACAUGCUAGAUGUGGACUCGCAUAUAUGGAGCAUGAGAAAAAGCAAAGCCAAUUUCUUCCGAAUUGUGUCACUGUUUUCAGGGGUAAUAUCUAUGAGUAGGUGGCUUGGUGAGGUGCAACAGUGGAAGAACCCAGUGACCACAAUUCUAGUUCAUGUCCUAUUUUUCAUCUUGAUAUGCUAUCCUGAACUGAUCCUCCCUACUAUGUUCCUCUACAUGUUUCUCAUUGGAAUAUGGAACUUACGGUUCAGGCCAAGGCACCCCCCACACAUGGACACCAAACUUUCAUGGGCAGAAGCAGCACACCCAGAUGAACUUGAUGAAGAGUUUGACACUUUUCCUACUUCAAAGGAUCAAGAUGUGACCAAAAUGAGGUAUGAUAGGCUUAGGAGUGUGGCAGGGAGAAUACAAACUGUGGUUGGAGAUAUUGCAACACAAGGUGAGAGAUUUCAUUCAUUGCUCAGUUGGAGAGACCCAAGAGCAACAAGCCUCUAUGUGAUUUUCUGCCUCAUUGCAGCAGUGGCACUAUAUGUGACCCCUUUCAAGAUAAUAGCUUCAGUUGCUGGCAUUUUCUGGCUCAGGCACCCCAGAUUCAGAAGCAAGCUACCCUCAGUGCCUAGCAACUUCUUCAAGAGGUUGCCAUCUCGUGCUGAUAGCAUGCUUUGAGGCUCCAAAUUAGGCGAAAAGCAACAUUAUUAAGAUCUUCUGUGUUAUUGCAUUAUUCAUUUUUUUUCUUUUACUUUUUGGUUAGUACACAAUUAGCAUGAUUUUUCUUCCUGUCAUCAAAUUUUUAAUUCUUGCGUUAUUUGGAAGUGUCAACAACAAUAAAACUAAGUAUCAAUCCACAACAUUU